AAUGAGAAGGGCUCUAAUGGAGCUAAAGAAGUGUUUAACAACAUCAGACAGAGGGCAGCAGUGUGUGGCAGUAGAUAUUCUUUUAACUGACUGUCGUCAUGUGCAAUAUGACGAAACCGACGGAAAUGGUUGCAUCAUAGCUAUAUCAACUAUUCGAUUGCAGAGUCAAUGGUCCGUUCAGGAUUGCAUUAAUAGAUUUGUUGCUUUGCUUAGUUUUUCGGAUGGUGGGCUGUCAAUACCGACUUAUUUUGCGUCUUUGGUAACGGGAAAAUGGCCGUUUAUGGAUGUCAUUUGUCAAAUAUAUGGAACUUUACAUCAUGUUUUUGCGACAAGUAUGGUUUUACUCUUAGUUAUGGGUUGCUGUGAGAGACUAGAUCUAAUAGCAAGAAUUCGGUCUCUAAGCUUAUUCUUAAAAACAAAUGCAACAAAUGUGGAUAUCGAUGAUGUUGUCAAAAUUUCCAAACAACUACGAAAUCAAUACGAAUUAACUAUUCGUAAGCCUAUAACUAGUCAACCAAUUAUAGAAAUGGCUCUUCCUUUACGAUUGAGAAAUAAAGAGAGAUUGGAAUGUUUUUUAGAGGAAUACGAAGGACGACUCUUAACGGCUUUUGUAAAUGACGUCUUUACGGCAAAUACAACUUUUGAAGCUAAUAAAUCUAGUCAAAAUUUAAUUGAUGUUCUAUUAGAUGACAAACAAAUUCAAGAUUACCGUGAUCUUUUAAUCUGGCAAUGUAGGUACUACAAACGAAAUCAUUUGUUAGCUUUCUUGAGUAAGGCUCUGUCUUUUAUGGCAGACUCUUCUCUACCAUUGGCUUACGUUGUCUCUGUAAUUAUUAAUCCUAAACGCUCCUAUCAAGAGGCUAAUAGAAGGAAUUUUAGGGAAGAUGAGAUUAAAUGUUGUGAUGAUGAGGAUGAGCCAUAUCAGUCACAAAUUACUAGAGUAUAA